AUGGAUUUGCCAGUAAAGUUGGGUUUUGUGUUUGACGCCUCAAACAUAGGAUUAGGUGCAGUACUAGCACAUGUAAUGCCAGAUGGUACAGAAAAACCAAUAGCUUUUGCCUCUAGAGUAUUGAACAAAGCAGAGAGAAAUUACUCACAAAUAGAAAAAGAAGCAUUAGCACUAGUAUAUGGAGUGAAAAAGUUCCAUAUGUAUUUGUAUGGCAGGAAAAGGUUCACCUUAGUUACAGACCACAAACCAUUAUUGAUGAUUUUAGGUCCAAAGGCAAGUUUACCGUCGUUAGUAGCUGCAAGACUACAACGUUGGGCAAUCAUAUUAGCGGCAUAUGAUUACAACAUAGAAUAUAGACCAACAUCCAAGAUGGGUAAUGCAGACGCUUUGUCGAGAUUGCCUGUAGACAAAGCACCAGAACAACAUGAGGAAAGUAUUCUUUUGAUUUCUGCUUAUAAUUUACCUAUUACAGCUAAGGAAAUAGCACAAGGUACAAAGAAAGACCCAGUACUUUCAAAAGUAGUGCAGAGUCUAAUAACCGGCAGAGAUAUUUGUGCAGAUGCUAAUUGUAAACCAUACAAAGAAAUUUGGAAUGAAUUGAGUGUAACUCAAGAAUGUAUUUUGAGAGGAUCAAGAGUAGUGAUUCCAAAUGCAUUAAGAAAUAGAGUUCUAUCAGAAAUACAUGCAGACCACCAAGGUAUUGUCAGAUCAAAGUCAAUUGCUAGAACUUAUGUUUGGUGGCCAGGUGUUGAUAGGGACAUUGAAAAUUUGGUUAAGAAGUGUAUGAAUUGUGCAUUGCAACAAAAUAAUCCAAAACCAACAAGAAUGCACCCAUGGGAAUUACCCAGAUACCCGUGGCAACGUGUACAUGUAGAUUUUGCAGGUCCAUUUUUAGGAUACUCAUAUCUAAUAUUAGUAGAUGCAUAUAGUAAGUGGCCAGAAGUUAUACCAAUGCAAACAACUUCAUCGGUAGCAACUAUAAAAUCACUCAUGCAAAUCUUUGCAACGCAUGGUUUGCCAGAAAGAAUAGUGACAGACAAUGGCCCACAGUUUACUUCACAGGAGUUUAAGGAAUUUCUGAAUGUAAAUGGUAUACAACAUACAUUAUCAGCAACUUAUCAUCCAUCCACGAAUGGUGAAGCAGAAAGGUUUGUUCAAACUUUCAAACAUAAUAUGAAGUGUAGGCAAGCAAAUUCUGGUAAUGUAGCAUCUCACAUUGCAAAGUUCCUAUUAUCCUAUAGAACAACCGUGAAUAAUACUACGGGUGUAACACCAUCUUAUUUGUUGAUGGGGAGGAGGAUCAGGAAUAAGUUAGAUCUAAUGUAUCCAAGCUUGCAGAGUCAGUUAGAACAGAAAGGUUAUGAUCAAGUAAGUAAGCUUCCCAAUGUAAGACAUUUCGCUCCUUCAGGUUAUGUCAUGGUAAGGUCAUACAAUACACCAGAAAAAAUGGGUUACAAGGAGAAAUUGGUCAGGAAGAUAGGUAAUUUACAUUAUGAUGUUAAUGUCGGUGGAAAGAUUGUAAAACGUCAUGUUGAUCAGUUGCAGUCAUUUGGUACAAACAAUACAGAAGUACAAGUUUCAAAUACCUCAGACUUAAAUAACUCAGAUGUGCAAACUGCUCACCAAGAUGUUCAAAAUCAUGCAACAGCUCAGAACACACCUAUAGUACUCCCUAACAGAAUGAGUAGAGGAAAACCUCCUGAAAGAUUGGAUUUGUAA